AUGUCUUCCUCAAUAAUAGCGCUGCGCCCGGCCAUCUUGCGCCAGAGCGUUCUCGGAGCGACGAGGGUACAAUGCCGAUACAUGUCGAUGCUCUCCCGGGAGAGGAUGUUGCGAGAGAUGCGAAGGGCGGCUACAAAGGACUCCAAGAAGACCGACGUUGAGUCAAUGUCUGCGAUUCAGAAGAAGGCCAACGACGAGUACUUCAAGUCUGGCGGCGGCCCAUUGUUUCCUGGCACUUUCGUCCCUCUCCCCCUCUCACGAUACCCCUCCGGCAUCUCCAGCGCUCUAAACUACACAUGGUACCGAUUCCGCCAGUGGGGAAUCGAAUUCCUCUCUCUCCUUCAGUUCAAGCUCAAGUCUAUGCCUGGCUGGACGACACAGCCCAAGUGGAAGAUUGGCCGUGGCAAGAUUGCGCCCACCGCGAAGAACAUGUACAUGGAGAUGCUUGGGGCGUUUGCUGCCGGCGACAAGACUACCAUCAACAACCUAUGCCUCGGCCAAUUUGGAAAGAAACUCACUGCUGCCAUUGACCGUCGCAACGCUGGCGAGCGUGUCACAUUUGAGCUCCUCAGUCUCAACAAGUCGUUGCUCUAUCCUCGCGUGGUAGCACACCAGGUUCACAACAUCAACCCUCACGACAAGGACAACUGCACAGAACAAGCCGUUAUCGCAAUCGCCUCAACACAACGUGUCGCAAAGUACAAGAAGCCUUCCGAUCAGCUCAUCCCUGGUAGCACAAAGGUGCAAGACAAGCUAGAGUACGUGGUGCUCUCAAGGCAAGUCAACGAGAAGACGUUCCAGUCCACGCCAUGGCGAAUCUGGGGCACUGUCCCUGCCACAACGCUUGAGUCAUACCAAGAAGAGCAAGACUGGAUCAUGAAAGAGCAGGCCCAGCGCGCUGGAUGGAAAGGUCCUCUGAAAUAA